UCAAAUUUAACUGCUCUGAUCACUCAUGUCCCAUCUUCAAACGCUUUAACAGUUUACUCACUUUCAAAAUUUAACCUAAUGUUCAAAGUUCAAAUCGUUAAAAAUCUCUCUUAUUUCUCCUGACUUCUUCAUACGGAAUACUGUAUAAUUCAUACUCACAAGAGGUGGGUUUUCUUCUUUUCAGUGGCCCGUACCAAACUACCUCAGGGCUGGAGAGCUUGAAAUCCUUCUUAGUAAACAGCCACGAAGAACGGGAAAGCAUCUCAGUAUAUUUGUUGAACAGGGAAUAAAAAAUGCCUCAAAGGAAUCCUCUUGGGGUUUCUUCCCAGCUUAGAGUUUCAUGCUCUGAUGCAGAGCAGCUGCGGGGUCGGCCAUUGACUGAACGGAGCCCCAGAUUGCUUGGUGAUCGUCCAUCUCCAAGGGGUUCUCGAUCUGACCCGACAGCCCAAAAGAAACUGGGAUUACGCAUUUCUUACUUAGAAAACCAACUUGGGCUGGCUCAGGAGGAACUAAAAUGUCUUAAGGAGCAGUUAACCUCAACAGAGAUUGCAAAGAAACUGGUGCAAGAGAAAGUUAAGAAGAAAACUAUGAAACCUGCUGUUCCCAAGCAAAACUUCCCUGACAAUGAAAAAGAAAACAGGCAUGCAAGUGAGGUUUUUGAUGAUAGCUCGAAAGAAUUUGAUGAGGUAAGCAUGUUAAGGGCCGAACUGGAAGAGAAGGAAAAAGAACUUGCAAAUGUCUACAGAGAAAAUGAGAGCCUUAAGCAGCAAAUGAACGAAGAGGCUAUGGAGGCAUCAUUAGCCAAGAAAAAGGAAGAAGAAACCACUCUCCAUUUGAAGCAGGUUAAAGAAGAGUUGGAAACUUCUAGAAACAAUGCAGUCAUGUUGAGUGAAAAGCUAGUGGACAGUGAGAAGACGAAGGAGGCAUUAGAGGCAGAGGUAAAGAAGCUGAGUAUACAAACUGAACAAUGGAUGAAAGCAGCAGAUGCCGCGGCUUCACUUCUUUCAGGGGACCAGGAGAUAAUGAUGAAUGGGAGAAGGAUGUCUGAAAGGUAUCGCAAAAGUGUACUUGAACCGGUAGCUAGGGGAUACGUGGGACAUCCUGUCUUGUUUCAUGACUCUGAGGAUGCUUCUGAAAGCGGGAGGAAGAAAGGUUCUGGCAUCAAAAUAUUCGGCGAUCUCUGGAGAAAGAAGAGCCAGAAAUAAGGGCUUGGAAAUUGGUAUCUAUUAGGAGGAUUCUACACUUGGUACAUGUUCAACUUUACAUCCAAUACUUUGGAUGUUUUCAUGUAGGAAUGAAUGUUGAGGGUGGGGAAGGAUAGUUAGAGCAUGUCAAUAUGUUAUCAAAUCAAUGUAGAGCUAAGUUGCAGUAUCCUUGUUGCCCUAUUUCCCUUCCGCUUUAUUUACAAUAGUGCUUUGAUUUUUUUUUUAUCAUCACAAUAGUGCUUUGAUUUAAUAAUUCUUCCGUCUUGUAUUAGUUCUGAACAAUCCCAUAA